AUCAUGGCUGGUUAUUGGACACUAAAAUCCUUACUCAAACAACAAAACUUUGAAAAAUUUGCCAAAGAAUUAGAAAAAAACCUACAGUUUGGACAACUAGAUAUUAAUUACCCAAACGAAUGUCCUGCUCUUGUUGCUCUACUCCAUAUUGCUUGUCAAUCAAAAGGAUGCCAUAAAUUCGUCGAAAUCUUGCUUCAGAAGGGUGCGGAUAUCAAUCAUCCCAGUGAUGAAGAAUUUUCCAGAGCAGCGAUUCACUUUGCAGUGGAAAACGGAGAUGUAGAAACGCUAAAAAUUUUAUUGAAUGAUCCUAAUUGCAAUGUGAAUACUCUGUCGAAGCACGGGUACUCAGCCUUGCAUUAUGCAGUUGAACGUGAUGACGUUGAUUGCAUAAUGCUUCUUCUGCAGCAUUCGGGCAUUGAUAUUAACAUAGUCGGGGAUGCUAAUCAAACACCUUUACAUUUGGCACUGAACAAUAAUUGCAGGAAAGCCAUCUAUGAGCUAUUAGAACACCGAGAAAUUGACUUAGAUAGACUUGGAGAUAACUCUGGUCACACCUGUCGUCAGCUAAUCAACUCUAAAUACCCGGAGUUUGCCUUGAAGUUGUCCCAAAUAGGUUCUUUGAAAGAUGAAAGUGAUAGCUUAUUUUCAUUAUUAUAUAAACGUGAAAUAGACAAAUUUCGAGAGCAGGUCAUGAUCUGUGCACCCAAUUCAAAUGAUCACAAUGGUGAAUACACAUAUCUGCAGUAUGCUUGUCAUUAUGGAUUGGUGGAAGUGGUGGAGAUACUCUUGAAUGCAGAAGUUGACCCUAAUCAAUACUGCCCUAAUAAUCCCAUUACACCCAUAAUGAUAACAAUUGAAAGAGGCUAUCAUUCCAUUUUGAAAUUGCUAUUGGAAGAGCCAAUGCUCUCUUUUGAACCAGUUGCACAGAAGAAUGUGUUCCAUAUUCUAAUUGAUGGGAUGCAUGCAGUAAAAAAUUCACCAGUGAAUGAGAAUCUGGAAUCUGAUCAUAUUAAAUGUUUGCAGUAUCUUCUGAACAGUAAAUUUUGUUCCCAAUGGGAUAUUAAUCAUCCAAACGAGGAAGGGUACUCUCCACUUCACCGUGCCAUCAAACUGAAUGAUAAAGAACUUAUAAAUGUCCUUUUGCAUGCAGAUGUGCAAUUCAAUUUGGAUAUAAAUCUCCCAGACAAUGAAGGAAACACUCCACUUCAUUAUGCUGUUAUAUUGCGAAAUGAAGAAAUAAUAAGAGCCCUUGUAGGUGCUGGGUCCAUUUUGAAUUUAGACCUUAAUCAUCCUGACAGUAAAGGAUGCAUCCCACUUCAUUCUGCUAUUAGAAUGGGAUAUGAAGAGAUUACAAAAGCCCUCUUAGAUGCGGGGUCCAACUUUAAUUUGGAUAUCAAUUGGCCAAACAGUAAUGGAGACACUCCGCUUCAUUAUGCGGUUUAUUGGCAAAAUGAAGAUAUCAUAAAAGUCCUUCUGGAUGCAGGACCCAACUUCAAUUUAGAUAUCAAUUUGGCAAACAAUUAUGGAGACACUCCGCUUCAGUACGCUAUUCAUGGGCAACAUGAAGAAAUUGUAAAAAUCCUUUUAGAUGCAGGGUCCAACUUUGGUUUGGAUAUCAAUCACCAAAACAAUGAAGGAUUCGCAGCGUUUCAUUGUGCUGUUAGUUUGGGGAAUAAAGAAAUCAUUAAAAGCAUUUUAGAUGCAGGGUCCAACUUCAACUUGGAUAUUAAUCUACAAAGCAACAAAGGAAACACACCGCUUCAUCAUGCUAUUCAUGGGCAAAAUGAAGAAAACAUAGAAGUCCUUUUAGAUGCAGGGUCCAACUUCAAUUUGAAUAUCAAUCAGCCAAAUGAUAAUGGAUAUACUCCACUUCAUUAUGCCAUCUGUUGUGAGAAUGAAGAAAUAGUAAAGGUUCUUCUAGCCAGCCGGGAUAAGUACGGUUUGGAUAUUAGUUACCCAAAUAAUGAUGGAUACACUCCACUUUAUUGUGCUGUGAUUUAUGGAAAUGAAGGAAUCAUAAACGCUCUUUUACAUGCUGGUGCACAUGUUGUUCAAAGGGCACAUCAUGGCAUAACACUUUUGCAGUUGACUCCAGGUUCUGUACUCAAAGAGUAUUUGGAUAAAUGUAUUUCCACCAGUAAAAAUGCCCCCACACUUUUACAACAUGAAAUCAUAUUUGACUACAGCAUGAUUACUCAUCCUAAACGGGAAUCUUCAGCCGCAGGAAGCAUUAGCUAUGUUACUGAGAUGGAAGCUUUGCAGAUCAUGGCCAGAACUGCAGAAUUGAGGGAUGUUCUCAAGCAUCCGGUGUUACUGAGUUUCUUGAGUUUGAGGUGGUACACUAUUGCUAAAUAUUUUUAUAUUUACUUAAUUUUUCACAUUAUUUAUUUUAUAUUACUUACUACUUACAUUUGCUGCACCAAUUGUUCUUCAAGUGGCCAUUACAAUACCGUAUCCCAUAACUUCUUCAAUUGUUCUGAGUACCUCAAUAGUGCUCAAUUGCUGAAUGAUACUUCCGUUAAUUGUUCUGAUUACCCAAAUAGUAUUCGAUUGCCAAAUGAUACUUCCAAUAAUGCUGACAAUUUCGUGACCGGUGGCGAUCAUAUUUCACAAGUUGAUGUUUGUCUCUGGUAUGUUAUGAUGGUCUUAUGUAUCAUAUUUGCUUUCAAGGAACUGUAUCAGUUUCAUGUCUCUCCUCGUAAAUACCUCAGGUCAGCUGAGAACUGGCUAGAAAUAUGUUUAAUAUGCCUAACAUUAGUUUUGCUAUUGCGCCAGAUAAAUUUUGAAUGCCAACAUAAGCUCUCUUCUAUAGUAAUCAUAGUUGCAGGGAUGGACCUAAUGCUUCUAAUUGGUCGGCAUCCGUUAUCCUCCUCGUAUAUUGAAAUGUUCAAAGCUGUCAGCAUCAGCUUUCUAAAACUCUUGGCUUGUUAUUUGAUUCUAAUUAUAUCGUUUGCGCUAAGUUUCUACAUGCUGUUCAAAGAUGAGCCUCAAAACAACGACCUCUUCAAAGAACCUGCUUUGUCCUUCUUAAAAUCCAUUGUCAUGUUGACGGGAGAAUUAGGUACAGAUGACAUCCCUUUACGUACAUUCGACCUCAACUCUAGUAUAGGAUAUUUUUUAUUCAUUUUGUUCAUCUUCCUCAUAGCCAUUGUGUUGUACAACCUGCUGAAUGGAUUGGCUGUCAGUGACACUCAAGCUAUCAAAUCUGAUGCAGAAUUGGUAGUAACAGUUUCGAAAGUAAAAUUGAUAUCGUAUGUGGAAGGUAUAGUGAUACCACACUUUUUCAAGUGUCUUAAUUUUAUAUGUAGGAUAACAAAGUUUUGUACCUCUGCAUUUUGUGGAGAAAACGGAUGCAGACACAACAGAUACAUAGUUUACAAAAGUAUCAAUUCAUUGCGGUAUACGUUUCCGGAGAAUAAAAUAUACGUUAGACCCAAUAUGGAUAACAUUGUGCGUUUACCAAAGCAUAAUUCAACAGAUGAGAUAAGUCGAAUCGCAAUCGAUUCGCAUAUAGUUAAACAAGCUAAGAAAAUACUAGAAAAAAAUAAGCAACUAGAAAAAGAUGCAGAAGAGCGCAAUUCUCAGAAACGCGAGUACAACUCCAAAAUGGAAAAUAUUGAGAAACUGUUGCAAGAACAUAAUAAUAAAUUGAAAGCUGUUGAGAAAUUAUCGUUAGAAUAUAAUAAUAAAUUGGAAACUGUUGAGAAAUUAUCGCUAGAAUAUAAUAAUAAAUUGGAAACUGUUGACAAAUCACUGAAAGAGAUUAUGAAAAUUUUGAAACCAAAAUAAACAAUAAGUGAUUCAAAGUGGAUAAUUUUAUUAAUUUAAUGUCAUUUGAUAGGUAGAUCUGGGUAACCACUAAAAAAAUUGAUUCACAGCCAAUAAUAUGAAAAUUUCGUUGAAAAAAUUUC